AAGACAGAAGAAUAUUUCACUGCAAAACCCGAACCAUCAUCCUCCUCGGCCCGUUCCGCCACAUGUUCCUCAUCAACCGCAGCUCUAAAACCCUAAAAACCCUAACUUUCACCUGCAAAGAUGUCGCCUUCGACCUCUCUCAUUCCACCCAAAAACGCAGUUAUGUCGACGUUUACAUGAAAUGGAAAAGAGAUCAGUUCUACGAAUCGAUCGAACACAUUCACCGAUCGGCACAGCUCAAAUCUGUCAUUGCUCUCAAGAACUGUAUUGCCCAGGAUCCCAACGGCUGCAUCCCGAUUUCUUCCGUCUCUAAGCGAGGUCGCGAAUUCGAUGUACCAAUCAAGGUCGCCAUGUUUCUGCGGAAAUUUCCGGCGAUCUUCGAGGAGUUCACGGGUCCGAAUUACAACCUCCCGUGGUUUAGGUUGACACCAGAAGCUGCGGAGCUCGACAGGAAAGAGAGAGGAGUUUAUCAGAAUUCGGUUGAUGGUUUGCGGGACAGGUUGAAGAGGUUGAUUCUGAUGAGCAAAGACAAGGUUCUGCCAUUGAGUAUAGUCCAUGGCAUGAAAUGGAAUCUGGGUUUGCCUGAUGAUUUCCUGCAGUAUCCUGAGAUUAAUCUCGAUUCGUCGUUUAGAUUCGUAGAUUUGGAAGAUGGGUCGAAAGGAUUAGGGGUAAAGAUCAAUGGAGAAAGGGUCUUGUCUGUGUUGCAGAGGAAUGCAAGGAAGAGAGGGUUGUGCUCUGGGGAAUUAGAUGAAGCAGUUGAAUUCCCUCUGUUCCCAUCAAAAGGGGUGAGACUGAGGAGAAAGAUUGAAGAUUGGCUAAAAGAGUUCCAGGAGCUUCCCUAUGUUUCACCGUAUGAUGAUUAUUCGAAUUUAGACCCGAGCAGCGAUGUAGCAGAGAAGAGAGUAGUCGGGUUUCUUCACGAGUUGCUCUGCCUCUUUGUCGAACAUUCGGCCGAGAGGAGGAAGCUUCUAUGCCUCAAGAAAUGCUUCGGAUUGCCGCAGAAGUUUCACAAGGCAUUCGAGAGACAUCCACACAUAUUUUAUCUGUCUUUGAGGAACAAAACAUGUACUGGCAUUCUAAAAGAGGCCUACAAGGACAGAUCCAGUGUGGAAAACCAUCCUGUUUUAGCGGUGAGGAAGGAAUACAUACACCUGAUGAAAGCUUCGGAGGCGAUUCUCAAGAGUAGAAGGAUCAGCAAUGCAUGUCGGUUCGAAGGAAGUGUGGAGAAAGAUUUGGACUUGGAGUUUGAUGACGGAGAAAGAAAUGCUUCACGGGUUUAAUUUAGGGAAAGAUAGAUCACAAGACCUGCAAAUCCAUCCAAGACGUUUAGUUCUGUAUCUGUUUCCUGGUUUGUAAUCUAUUGUACCAAUUUGUCGAGGCUUUGUGGCCUGAGACAAGGUUUAUCGCCAUUUCGGGCGAUCAUCUUCAUUUUCAGACCGUAUCUUUGUUCUCCGAAUCUGCUUGAAGACAAACAUUACGAACA